GGGUACCUCUGGGGUUGGCAUGCUCUUGCUAUCGCCUAUUGGGUCAAAGUAAAACUUGUCGUAGUGGGCUUCUUCGUCGGCAGCGCAGUAUUCGUCGCCCUACGGUAUGUCUGGCCAAAUAAAUGUUCUACUGGGAUUGUACACGACUCACCCACUAUUGUGUACGACCGCCCGCCUCCAUCAUUUGCUCACGAUCAUGUACCAUAUUCUCUCGACCAUUCGCCCCACUUCGAUCAUUCCUUUAGUAGUUCAGAUUCAGUUGACCCUUACUCUGGCUACGCCGGUUCGUAUUCAGAAGAUAUAACUGCUACUGCAGAAGUGGUACCGUCAACAGGGCCAGCUACACAUCGACUUGGGCGACGAAGUGUGCGUCAACAGAUAAAUACGUCACAGCAUCGGCAACAAACAGAGCGACCAAUGAAAAUGGAGGAAAGGAUUGCAGAAUUAAUGUUUGAGUUUUUGGGCUUGGAUUCACAAGCUUGUCGCCGACGCUUUAUUUGUGAAAUGGAGUUCCGUUCCCGUUUGAAUCCACUCAGCAACAUGGCUUUCCGUAUUGUAGGUCGUGGAUUUUUCGAAAAAUAUCUGAACGCAAGAAAUGAAAAUGACCAAGCGCAUUCGUUUACGGAAUGUGCAGCAGUUAAUCCCGAGUGCGUAUUUAUCGAGCAAAACGUGGACGAAGAUAUUACAUCCGCAGGUCAAAAUGGGUUGAAACUACAGAGUGCGGCUGUUGAAGCAGCUAAUAAAAUUGAUGGUAGUUCAGUGGAAAGCGAGAACGGAAUGAAUGAAGAAAGUCAAAAUGAAUCGAAUCUGCAAGCCGAACUUCGGCUUAAAAAAACAAUUUAAACACAUUCGUGAGCAGCAAAGGAUGGUCUCCUCUACGCACGAAAAGCUUUAGACAAAUUAACUUUAAUUAACUUUAAUAUUUAUUAAGUCUAAUAUAAGAAUUUUAUAAUUCUAUCCAUAACAUCUACAUAUGAUAUGAGGGUCAUCAAAUUAGGCCUUAGAUCAGGGCUGGCAGUGCAUCAUUCAUCAACAAGCUUUGUGAUGUUGUGGUUGUAAUAUAAUGGUCGUAGUCACAAAAAUAGUGAUAGGCUUAUACGUGGUUUGCAAACUUAAUGGUAAAAACCAUAUAUAUUUGCCAGAAAUUAUUGAAUUUUAACGUAAAGUUUGAAGGCGCUAAUAAUUGGACAUUAAUUAUCUCCCAGAAAUAGUCAGAAAUAGUCCGAAGUAGUCAGAUUUAGUCAGAAGAAUUUUUGCUGGCAAAAUCAUGAAAAGUGUCAAACUCAACUGAAUUCAAAUUAACGGAUAUUAAAGAAUACACGAAAAGUGAGAAUAAUCUAAGAACUAAAAAAAGUGAAGUGAAAAUGGAAGGAGGCA